GUAGAAUAUAUUCACUGUGACUCUUCUCAUCAUCUUUCACUGCGCCAUUUUCCGUAACUGGUUAAAGACGUGAGAAAUUCUUCUCCCUAAAGAACUAACCUUAAAAUAGGAAAAAGUUCUUAAAAUCAGAAAAAUGAGGCCUGCAUCUGUUUACGUAGGAGGUUUAAGUGAAGAUAUCCAAAAAGAAGACUUGGAAAGAGAAUUUAGUAAAUUUGGUACCCUCAAUAAAGUUUGGGUUGCUAGAAAUCCCCCUGGUUUUGCUUUUAUUGAAUUUGAAGAUGAUCAGGAUGCUAAUGAAGCUAUCAAGGAAAUGAAUGGGGCAACUAUCAAUGGAUCAGAGAUCAGAGUUGACCUUUCCCGUGGCCGUGGUGGGAGACGAGGUGGCCGUGGUGGAUUUAGAGGGGGAAGAGAUGGAGGUUAUAACAGAGGUGGUGGACGAGGAGGUUAUGAUGGUGGAUUCCGAAGUGGUGGAGGAUACCGUGGUGGCCGUGGAGGAGGCUCUCGCUACGGAGGAGAUAGAGGAAGUGGUGGCUAUGAUCGCCCAUCAUAUGGAGGUGGUGGAGACUACAGGAGCUCUAAUUACAGGAGCCGAUCACCCAUGGGUCAAAGAAAUGGCGGAGGCUGGUAAGGAAAUGCGCUCUGAUCAUCACAUGCCAUUGCCGAACCUCAACUGCUCGCGUGGGAGCAAAUCAUCUGUUGCCAGUUUUUGCUGUUAAUAGUCUCCAAACUACAUGUCCAAUUUCAGUUUUUAACCUUAAGAAUUUUUUCAUCAGUUAAGACUUCAUAUUCGUCUGUGUUGUAUUUCAUGAUCACAAUAAAAAUGUCAAUACUGCCAA